AACUUUUGCAUUUAACGCCACCUUUGUUAUCCUUACCACUGAAGGUGAAAGAUAUAAAUUAAACUUUUCAUAAUUAUAAUUCUAUAACAAUUUUUCAAUGUAUUUAAAGUAAACAUACAAUAUUUUAUGUGACACGGUACAAUUAAUUAUGUAAAUAAAUGUAGAUUGAUAUAACACAGAGUACAGUUCAAUUAUAGACACAGUCGUAUCGGAGAUUGCAGAUUAUAGACACAAGGCGCGCUACAGAACCAAGCCUAACAAAUCGAUUGAAGCGCCUUGAGAGACAUUUUUUGACCCAAAAGAGCCUUAUCCCCUCCACUGGAUUUCCAAAUCUGAGUGUGUAUACAAGAACAGUUAUUGCAAGGAGUUAUAUAACCGUGGUUCCUUACGACUUACGCUUACGACUUAAGAUUGUGAAAUUAGAUGCAGAUAUAAGAGAUUCGGUUAAAAAACGAUUUGAUCAAUUUCAAUUUAUCACAUUGGAGUUAAAUUAAAAGUACUAUUUUAAAUAAAGCUAUCAGCAAAAAUGUCUGCGUGGAGGCAAGCGGGAUUAAAUUAUAUUAAUUAUUCGCAAAUAGCUGCCAGACUUGUUAGACAAGCUUUGAAAUCAGAGCUCCGAUCAGAUGCCCUAAAACGUGAUGAAAUAAACGUAAAAUUUACCCAAUGGAAAGAUGGUAAACCUAUUACUGAAAAACAAUAAUAAUAAACAAAUAAACAUGCGUAAAUGUACAAUCAUGUAAAAUCCAUAAAUUAUGAUAUCACAGAUUGAGGAAAAAAUCAUCCAACUCUUCAAAUAUAUAUAUGCAUAUCCUUGGAUAUUGUAUAUGAAAUAAGAAAAGGAUCUAAUAAAAUAGCAUAGAAAGAAUUUAUAUAUAGCAAUUCAACAUUCUUAUAUGAAGUAAAAACAUCUAAUAAUAUUA